GAAUUUGAUUUGACAGCGUCCCAAUGACAUUUGUUUUUGUUUAACCUUGGAAUUUGAGAUUGAAAAUUAAAAGUUUGCAGAAAAACAAGUGUGGUGUCUUCCGAACUCGCGUUAUCACUUCCAUGUAUCAAUUUUAAGUAAUUAGGUUAGUGUAAAACCAUGUCUGAUCAACUGUCCUCACUUGAGGAAAAUCGCCCUGAGACUCCCCCAGUUCGGGAAGAUUUGGUGAACACGGCUAUAAAAUUCCUGGAGAACCCCAACGUGCUCAAAACAUCGCUAGGAGAACAACAAAGGUUUUUGAAACGGAAGGGUUUAACCGAUGAGGAGAUCAGACAGGCGUGCGAGAAAUCGGGGGCUUACAAAUACCACGAACAAAGAAAUCGGACGCCGCCUCUGCCCCCAAGUUCCCUAAUUCCGUACCCAAACAGUGCAACGGUCCAAAUUAGUUUAUUUGAUAAGGUUAAAGAAGUUGUACAUAAUGUGGCCAUUUUUAGUUUCGUAGCGUACGUCGUGUACAAAUUUUACAUGAAAUUUAUAGCGCCGUUUUUCUUCGGGAAAAAGAAGAAAAGUGUAGAGGAGUCGAUAGAUGAAUUAGACAAGAGUUUUAAGCAAUCUGUGAAUGACUUAAAAAACAAUUUACUUAGUGUCAAAGUAGAAGUAGAUAAAAUUAGUCAAGGGGCUGAGAGCAGCACGCAGCGGCAAUUAUCAGACUUGAAAUCUGAAAUUGCGACAGUCAAAGGCCUGCUCCUGAGCCGGAAUCAAUUUCCGCCGGUUUCCAAAAGCUCAGUAGUCCGUCCGUCGAUACCUGCGUGGCAGAAGACUAGCAUAAGUCAGGACUCCGACCCCGACUCAGACCCUGAGAGAAAAGCCGAGGAACUGAUGGAAGUUGGGUCAGGAUCAGGGUCUUCGGAACAUGAACAUGCAGCAAAAAAUAGUGAUUCUAGUCUAGAUAUAAUAUCUUUCUCAUCCAAAGAUAGUGAUUUUAGAAGACACAAAUCCAAAGAUGUUGACGAUGAUGACGACGACGAUAAAGAUUAAUCUUCCAAAAACGAGGCCAUUUAAAGUAGGAAACACUUGGUUAUUAGGUUUUGCAGUUAGCUGACAUAGGAUUAGAAAAGAAGGGUAAUUUUUUUGUGGUGAGAAAAUAUUUUUAACUCUGCCUUAUGGCAGCAAUAAAACUCUGGAUUCUA